AUGCCCGUUGUGAAGGGUCAGGUUGGCGACGUCAUGGUGAACACCCUGCGAGACACCGGGUGCAGUACCGUAGUGGUGAAACGGGAGUUCGUCAAGGACGAGGAGCUGACGGGAGAAACAUCGCUUAUGCUCCUGAUUGACAACACCGUGCGCCGCGUACCAGUGGCCAUGAUAUGCGUAAACACGCCAUUCCUGAUAGGAAAAGUCAAGGCUCUGUGCUUGCCCGACGCCGUAUACGACCUCAUCAUCGGCCAAGUUCCUGGAGCUCGCGCUCCGAACGACCCGGAUCCCGAGUGGCGCGCGACAGAGCCGGCAAGCCAGACGGGAGGCGCCGCGAUCACCCGGGCUCAGUCACAAAAGGGACGCGGGGUGCUCAGACAAAGUGACCUCAUCGGCGGUACCACUGUGACCCGAGACGAGCUCAUUAAACUCCAACAAGAGGACGAAACUCUGAAGAAACUCACUGAUGGGUGGGAGGCAAGGAAAAGAGAGGGAAAGAUGAGAGUGGCCCUGGACCUGAACGGACCGAUUCACCCGCCCAGCGAAGAGGGACAUCGGUACAUCCUGACCCUCGUUGACUACGCAACUCGGUAUCCCGAAGCAGUCCCUCUGAAGACCUGCACUGCCGAAGCUGUAGCUGAAGCUCUGAUCGACUUGUAUAGCAGGCUCGGUGUUCCCGAUGAAAUGCUCACCGAUCUGGGACGACAGUUCGUAUCCAACUGCAUGGAAGAGGUCUCUGAGCUACUCAAUAUACGCCAUUUAACAACCACACCAUACCACCCCAUGUGUAAUGGCUUAGUGGAAAAGUUCAACGGCACGCUACAGAUGAUGCUGAAACGUCUCAGUAGCGAGCAGCCAAGACUGUGGCACCGCUACAUCAAUGCACUGCUGUUCGCGUACAGGGAGGUCCCACAAGAAUCCACUGGGUUCUCGCCUUUCGAGCUGUUGUACGGCAGAACGGUGCGCGGACCGAUGAGGAUAUUACGAGAGCUCUGGACCAGCGAAAGCGAGACGGCUGAGGUGAAGACGAGCUACCAGUAUGUAUUUGAGCUCCGUGAGCGGCUAGAGGAUACGAUGGCACUGGCGCAAAAGGAGUUGGGGAAGGCCCAGUCACGAUACAAGUACAACUACGAUCGCAAAGCGAGGAACAGAAAGCUGGAAGCCGGUGAUAAAGUCCUAAUUCUUCUCCCAUCAACCAGCAACAAGCUUCUCAUGCAAUGGCAAGGUCCGUACAGCGUGCAGGAAAAAACAAAUGAGUGUGACUACCGAAUCAUUGUCAAUGGAAAGGUGAAAACCUACCACAUCAACAUGUUGAAACGCUACAUGGACCGCACCGUUCAGGAGAACAGGUCAGACGUCAGUGCCAGUGUCAGCGGGGCACUCAUGGAAGUGGUGGCAGUGGCUGUGAUCGAGAGAAGCGAGGCAGCCCCAGAAGAAGCCAUCGAGGAUGACGACCUACUGGAAUUUGUGGUUCCAGGAGGCAACGAAUCUUUGGCAGACGUACAAAUCGGGGAGGGAUUGUCAAGGAAGGAGCGACUGCAAGCGCAAGAGGUGAUCAAAACCUACCAUGCAGUGUUCUCAGACAAACCCGGACGCACCAAACUCAUUGAGCACAGGAUCGAGGUGACGUCCCCACAGCCGAUCCGAUGCAAGCCCUACCCCUUGCCAUAUAGCAUGAGGGAGUCCCUCCGCGAGGACAUCAGGAACAUGCUCGAUAUGGGAGUGAUACGCCAGUCUCGGUCACCUUACGCGGCCCCCGUGGUACUGGUGAGGAAAAAGGAUGGCAGCAACCGCGUGUGUGUCGACUAUCGUAAGCUAAAUCAAGUAACGAUAGUAGACCCUGAGCCGAUGAUCAAGAUCGAAGACGUGUUCCAGGACCUAGGCAAAGAUCGAUACUUCAGCAAGAUCGAUCUCAGCCGGGGGUACUGGCAGUUCCCUGUCAGGGAAGAAGACGUGCAGAAGAUAGGAUUCGUCACACCUGAUGGAGAAUAUGAGUUUCUCCGCAUGCCAUUUGGAAUGGUCAACUCGGGAGCAACACUAGUCAGGGGGGUCAGGAAGCUGUUGGAAGGUCUACCCAACAUAACUGCGUACAUCGAUGACAUACUGGUGCAUACCAAGACCUGGGAGGAACACGUGUCCACUCUGAAUGUCCUACUUCACCGCAUGCAAGAAGCAGAACUGACGGCGAGACCGUCAAAGUGUGUCAUAGGAAUGGCGUGCGUGGAGUUCGUCGGACAUCGUAUCGGGCGGGGGGUCGUCACUGCCAUUGAAGACAACGUCUCCAGGAUCCUGGAAGCGCCGAAGCCGAGGACUAAGACUGAGCUGAGGUCUUUCCUCGGGCUGGCCAACUUCUACCGCAACUACAUCCCCGACUUCGCUGCAGUGGCGGUGCCAUUAACAGACCUGACGCGGAAGGGGUCACCAAGGGUGCUGCAGUGGGGAGCGGCUCAGGACAAGGCCUUCGAUGGUCUAAAGGGACUGCUAGCAUCGAGGCCGAUCCUAAGACUGCCAGAAAUGGACAAGCAGUUCGUCUUACGGACGGACGCCUCUGAUAAGGGCAUCGGCGCCGUUCUGCUACAGAGUCAUGACGGUGAUCUCUUCCCGGUGUCUUACGCAAGUAAGAAGUUAUCAGAACGUGAGAGGAAGUACUCUACGAUGGAGCGAGAGUGUUUGGCGGUGGUCUGGGGCGUGAGGAAGUUCCAGUUAUAUUUGUACGGGAGGCCAUUUGUCUUACAGACUGAUCACCAGCCGUUGGUCUUCCUCAACAAGGCAAAACUGCUGAACGAUCGGAUUAUGCGGUGGGCCCUGUUCCUGGAGAGCUACCGCAUGCAUAUCAUGGCCAUCAAGGGAGCGGACAACGUGGAGGCCGACUACAUGAGUCGCGCCGUCUGA